AUACUCUAAUUUUUAUGGAAAUUUCAGUUUUGAGUUUUCUAUUCCAAUUUUAAUGUUUAAAUUUAUGAACUUAUUUUGUUUUUUCUUUAUUACUUGAUUAGCCCAUUGGGCCAAAGAACCUUUUUGUAUGGUAUGAUAAAGCCCAUUUUAGUCUUGGCUCACAAAAGCUUUCGAUGUGGGAUUUGGGGACAGUGGUCAGUGGCUGCUUCAGUUCAGUGUACCUUCACGAAAUGGCCUUUUAACUUUUCAGCACCGUUAAACUGUUAAAGGGGAAGGAUUGGGUAGACUGCGUUUGGCCUUAGAUUCUUGUGAAACGGAGCUGUGGUGCGGCCGUUGUCUUCAGUUAUAGAAGGAGAUAUGAAUCGAAUAAGAAUGUGAUAUAACUCUGAAAGGGUGAUAUUACAUUGUGUUUUCUGAAGAGGUGGAAAGUUAAAAGAAUGUACUAUUAAUAAUCGGUGGAAAUGUUGGUGAAGGGAGUAAUUUUAUAGAAAUGGAUUGGCGGUAUCUUCUUAAACAUGAUAUUUAUUAUGAUUUAGAACUUUAUAGGUUAAAGGUUGAACUAUUAGGCAAGGAUUCAAAUGAGCUUGUAAAACAGUUUAAGAAGGCAAAGAAUGUGAAUGAGGAGUACAGGGACCUUGUGCUGUAUCUUUUAACGAGGGAUAAAAGUUCUAUUUCGAAUAAGGGGGGAAGACAAAGUGAUAAUGAAAGCAUUCAUAAGGAGAAUGGUGCCCUUGAUGGGAUUUUGUUGCAUAAUUCUGAUAUUAAUUAUGAUUUAGAACUUGCUAGUUCAGAGGGUAAACAACAAGAAGCCAGGAACUUUAUGACCUCGCAGUCAGCUUCUCUAAAAACUAGAUCUGGAACCCUCCGGUCAAAAGACAAUCUGUACGAAAGGGUUAUAUCAAAUAAGAGGAAAAGAGAAAAAGAUAACAUCUGUGUGCAUGAUGAUGACAGAGAUAUUGAGGAGAAUGAUGCCCAAUAUGAGCUUUUCUUGUCCAAUCUUGAAGCAUACGAAACGUCUUAUGUAUUCAAGGGUGAGAAAAAUGGUUCGAGAGUUUUCAUUAAAUAUGAAACAGGAGAUAGCGAUUCAGAUGAUAGCGAUUCGGAUGAUAUCUUCCCUACACAGAUAGUGGAGAAGGUCAAUCCUGGAAUGCAAUCUAGAUUUAGGAAAAUGCUCGUGCAUGUUCUCAGAAAACCAUAUGAUAGAGAGGAGUACAAGAAGCUUCGGCAAGCCAUCAGAAUACGUAAGCCAGUAGAUCGCCAUUUGGAAUUGCGUCAUGGGAGAGAAAGAGCAUACCCUAAAAAUGAAGUUGGAAAAUCGUAUCUUGAUCACUAUCCGGAUCUUAAAGAAGCGCUCUUAAGAUGCCAAAGCAACAAACCAAGAUGCUUGAACCUCUUGCGUGGAUUCUUCUUUUGGCUUCAACAUCUAACAAGGGAAGGAGCAUUCCCGCCGUGGAAGGACCCACAAUGCCUUGAAGUGGAGCGAAAAUGUCACUCACCUCCCUCUCGGGGAAAAAAUUUAACCAGCAAUGAAGUGAAGUACGGAAAGCAGCUUAAGCUUGUGGAGGGAAUGUAAUUUCUUUUCUCAAACGUACUAUUCUUCUGGUACAAGAAUUAGAAGACAAGCUCAAGUGUACUUUCAAGAUUAGCCACAUUUUGACAUGAAUCUCGAUUACAUAAGCUACCCAUGUGUCAGUCACUUAUAGUUUCCAUUCUCAUAUAUCGAGUGCUUCAUCUGUACUACCUACAACCUUCUUAAGCAUCACUGUCCGCCCUUCUCAGUCUCACUGCUCGGCUGCACUCUACUUUAUCAAAGUACCAACAGACUGUAAAGAUGUGACAAAAUCCUCAACCUUUAUUUCUUCGUAACGA